AUGCCCGGCGACUCGGCGUCGUCGACGCUGCAGUACACGGGCAUCGGCGCAUUCGUCGCCAUCGUCGGCAUCGUCGUCCUGGCCGUCAUCUUCUACACCCGUUCGUCCGCCCGUCACGCCGCCCCCGGCGCGGCGCCCGACGCGGUCACCGCGCUCCAGGGGCAGCAGCAGCAGCGCGGCCUCGGCCUCGGCCCCGACGACGUCUCCGUGCUCCCGACGUUCACGUACCACGCCGCCGCCACCGCCUCGCCCGGCCGAUGCGGCCUGAUCGGACGCGGGGACGCGAAGGCGGCGGCGGACUGCUGCGCCGUCUGCCUCGACGAGCUCGGCGAGGGCGCCGUCGUGCGCAUGCUGCCGUCGUGCAAGCACUACUUCCACGCCACCUGCGUCGACGUUUGGCUGCUGUCGCGGGCCACGUGCCCGGUGUGCCGGGGGAGCCCAGGGCAGGAGAAGGUCCGCCUCGGCCUCGCGUCCCUCUCACCGCCGCUGCCGCAGCUGCGCCGAACAGACUGA